UGUGAUAAUAUGGAUCACUUGAAAAAUUUAUGAGCAAUUUUAAAAGAAAUAAUGCGAAAAUAUAAAGUCUGUGUCAUAGUUGUGUCACAACUCUCGUAUAAGAUGCACGCGACAGAAGAAUAUUAUAAUAAAAUUAAUCAGUUAAUUCUUAAAAUACUUGGCUUAUGGCCCUACCAACAAUCAUAUUUCGCAGGGAUACAAAAAGUGUUUUUUAUCAGUAUUCUUUCGACAUUUAUUCUUGCCCAGUUAUUGCUAUUCAUCACAACGCAGUACAGUACAAACCUUCUUCUCAAGAUCUUCUCGUUUGUCUUGCCUAUUCUUUUCUGCACUAUAAAGUAUUGCUUUUUUAUUAUACGAGCAGAUAGUGUGAAGCAAAUGCUGGAGCGGAACCGAGACAACUGGAAAUUAUUGAAAGAUAAAUUAGAAAUUGGCAUUAUAAAGAAAUAUUCUUAUUUUGCGAAUCUUUUCACAAUAAGUUUGAUGUGCUUAUGCUGUUCUGGAUUAAUCAUUUUCAUAAUUAUUCAAUUCCUGCCGUUAAUAUUUGAUUUUGUAUUACCAUUAAACGAGUCACGUUCCUAUCGACUUAUCGUCAUUACGGAAUAUUUUGUCAACCAAGAGAAAUAUAUAUACCCUAUAUUGUUUCAUCAUAUAGUAGCCAUAAUCGUAGCAAUAAUUGCAUUGUGUAGCACCAGUUCGACAUUCUUCACAUAUCUUCUGCAGACAUGUGCACUAUUUAGUAUCGCAAGUUAUCGUAUAGAAAACGCGAUGAAAUGGAAUAUAUUAGCAAUCUCUAGCCCUACAAAAGAACAUCUUCUUUACCGAAAGAUUGUACAUGCAGUUAUUGUACAUCGAAGAGCCAUCGAGUUUAUUAAAUUUUUCACGUCUGAAUUUACGAUAUUAUUUGCUAUUCUGAUCGUAGUUGGUGUCAGCUCUUUAAGUUUAAGUCUUUUUCAAUUUCUUCAAUUGAUAACACUAAUGAAUAAUAUCACACACACAAUGGUACUUGCUUUAUUAAUUGGCAUUCAUAUAAUUUAUAUGUUCGACGCCAAUUAUGCGGGACAAAUAGUAACAGAUCAUGGAAUGAAGCUUUUCAAAGUAACUUAUAAUGGAAUGUGGUAUGCAGCACCAUUGCAAAUACAAAAAAUGUUAUUAUUUAUAAUGCAAGAAGGAAUGGUGGACAUCAAUAUAAGAUGCGGUGGCAUAUUUGCUGCUUCCUUGGAAGGUUUUGCUACGUUCCAAUACAGUAAUUCCUUAUUAAAGGAAUUAAAGGCUUGCCGAACUUAUUACAUCUAAUUUUACGGUAUUAUUCGCCAUUCUUAUAGUUGUUGGCGUGAUCUCUUUAAGUAUCAAUCUUUUUCAAAUAACAUUAAUAAAUAAUAGC